GGCGGGGUUCAGCUACGUAGGGGUCCCAGGAAAGCAAGCUAGCACUAGAGAGAGCUAUGGACAGAUCGGUUAGCGGGCGGGACAUUGUCAAUUGAGUAGCAGCGUAUGUAAGGAAAAAGAAAAGAGAUAAAUGAAGAAGUGAUUAAAUAACGCUCAGAAAGAGUUACUGAGAAUGCAUACGUCUUGUACUGUACCGUGUGUUGCUGCGGUGCGUACCCGUGGAGCGAAGGCUUUGUGCCUGAAUCUGUGGAGACGUACAGAGGCAGUCGCGGAUAAGUUCUGGCGGCUAUUGGUAUGCCAGCAAUGGUAAAGCCAUGUCUAUUUUUAUCUGUGCAGAUAGAAUGUGGCAUCCGUCGAUAGAGUUGAAGGAUCAGUACAGCACAGCACAGUACAGCAUAGGCUGCAGAUUUGUUAGUCAGCCUGCUCACGCAUAAUGGUGGCAAAUGUUGGGCACUUGGCGGCCUCGUCACACCACAAAUGCUCAGUCUUCAACCUCUGUUUCUAACUAGGGAGAUUCCUCAUUACCUUUCAUCAUACAUAUUAAUUACAAGCAUUCGGGUUGUUAAUUCUUCUGAAUGUGUGAGACAAUUGCGGAAUAGUUCACAACGCCACGUUGAGCACUGAGCGUUGACCAUGGAUAAAGCAGCAGGCACUGCCCCAGUUCAACAGGAAACGACACCAAAAGAGGAAGGAUGGGAAGUUGUAUCCCCUCCAGUCUAUCAAUUGGGCGGUACUAGCAAACCACAGCAUACACAGACCGUGUCAAGCAAGCUCAGCAUGGAUAUAGGAUGGGGCAAGAAGAAGUUUACUUUAUUUGGUUGAGACAUUAAAAUCAAGUACUAACGAAUCAAGUAUUGAUACGAACAGAAAACACGAUAACACAGAUGCACGCAAAGAGUGCAGUAGCCAGUGCAUAUGGCAGCCCAAGCCACGCCUUGCCCCAGCUCAUGCCAAGAUUGAAUGCCCACGCCAAGCCGGGCCCUGCCACAAGAUUGCCGAUGCCCUCCAUAAUGCCAAUCAACGCAUAGAGUCGGCCUAUAUCGCUUGCAUGUCCGUCAUUCUGUAACUCCACCAGCGAGGUAGUUAAACUGCGCAUUACAGGUGGGAAUCCCGCACCAAGAGUGCUCACAACCAAACCUAUAAAGAUCGUUUAGGAGUAUGUUACCAAGUGUGACAAACUAAAGGGAAAAUCUCACCUAUUAUCAGCCAGGGUACGGAGUUCUCAUUGAACAUAAUGAAAGCUCCGAGUGUAAGGAGAAGGAUGCUAAUCUUGCCAACGAGGAGAUCUUUGGUGGCUGCAGACCUUCCUGGAAGAAGAAAGUUGACUAUGACGGGCAAAAUGAUUACAAACAACACAAUGUUCACGGCAGCACGGAUGGAUACCAGUAACCCCGCCUGCAAUUUGUUAGAAGUGCGACUUGUACACGUAUGGCACGUACCUUGGAGAGGCUCCAUCCGUACUUUUUGGAUGCGUAUUGGAGAAGCACCACCGCAUUUGUCUGGCGGCCUAGUCUCGAUAUAAGAAACGUAAACACCAGUAGCAUUACAGUGCGAUCUCGCAUGAAUGACGCAAACGACUCCGUCAAGCUAGCAAGCAAAGAAACACCUUUGCUAUUUGAGCCUUGCGCAUCGUGGUUGCUGCUGACAUCCUCUUCCGAUGGAUCAGAGACGCCUUUGUCCUCUGGGAUGGGCAAAGUCUCGGGCAAAACAAGACUAACCAGGACGGUGAUAACUUGAAGCGCCACAACAACAAACAGUGGCGGCCAUACGCCAUGCGCCAUCAGCGCGGCAGUAACGGGAGGCAUGAGAAGAUCAGACACUUGAUCACAGCAAAAUCGGUAGAAGAAGACUGUACUUCUCAGCUGCGGCGGCACCACAUCGGCAACCAUUGUCGUCAACCACGUUGUGGCGACAGACGGGCCGCCGCCAAUGAUGAGACACAAUGCCGAAAGCCAAGAUUGCUCAAGCGGGAGACCCGAUAGGCCAGCCUAAUGUAAAGAAGUUAGCACUACUCUUCAAUCACUCAUCUAUGACAAAGAGCGGGCCACCCACCAGGAACAUGAAAACGAGCAUGUAAAGCACGCAGCCAACCAGUCCGAGCGUAAGCACCGGCUUUCUGCCCCACGAAUCGGCCAACAUGCUGUAUGGAAUUGGCAGCAAAAUGGACGGGAUGCUAUCAAAAAAAAGCUGCCCACCCAUGAUAGACAUGACCUUGCUCUGUAUCUCGUCAAUCUUGCACAACUCCUCGGGGACAUGGCUGUGCAGGCCGAUAACACUAGGGUCGUGGAUCUUGUAGUAGCGGUAGCAUGCAAUUGCUUCGAUGAAGCGGAUUCGAGGGGCCACUAGCAGCGUCUCGGCCAUGUCUGCUACAAAGGCCAACAGAAGGAGGAUUGCUACUACGUAGAGCCAUGGCCAUUGGCUUCGCGUCCUUGUCUUGGGGCCUUCUGUGCUGGGGAUGUCGGGUGGUUCGUUCGUUGUCUGCUGCUGCGGUAAGAGAGGACUAGUUUCCGACGACAUUGCUGCUGGUCUAUUCGAUGGAACACGUAGGAGAAGCGAAGCAAACAAUAUCGCAAUGAUAAAAAGUCUACGACGUGAGACGCAGUUGGUAGGUAAGGCUGGGUUACAAAUCAGGCUGCGUGUUUGCGUGGUGCGCAUAGGUGGUGACGUACAACUGCACUAGAAUGUGGUGUAGGCGGCUCUUUACAGCGUUGUCUGUUAACCACAAACUACAAGACAUGCAAAAGACUACAAUGCUUGAUAAAAAAGAGGAUGGAACGAAAACGACAAUAAUAACAGAUCGUGGAACAAGCUGGACAGCUUGUCUAGCCGUGUAUUUCAGGCAUUGAUGGUGUACAGCCACACGGUGCAGUCACCUAUUAGACGUGUUGCUAUAACUUCCAUCGACUUGGUGAGCUCAUGGUUACUCUUCGACCUCUUUUUCUGCAUCGUCAUCGUCAUCGAUCUCUUUUUUGUCGUCGUCACCUUCGUUCUCUUCAUCCUCCUCUCCCGCCCCUUCACCUUUGUCAUUCCCCUCUUCAUCAGUUUUGCCAGCACGAGCGGCGCGAGUAGCCAAGACUUCCUCCGUCUCCUUGAGUAAGCGGAUAAUAUAUCCUCUCAUGCUCAGGCUCAGUCCAUCAAGCGGCUCUAUUGACCAAUGCGAUCCGCACCAGAUGCCAUACUCGCCGGCUUUGGGCUUGGGCUUGCCUUGACUCUUGCGAAAUUUGGCCCAGGUGACUGGUGGGCAGAUGAAGUGUUCGACAUCGUCGUUCUCCACGGUGCCUUGGUAGCCCCAGCAGCUGGGGUAUUCCAGCUUUCUCUUGACUCCUGCGCGCACCGUCUCUGGCUUUUCGUUGUCGUUCUCGGCGUCGUUCUCGCCUUUAUCGCCGGCCUCCGCGGUAUCAGUUUCGUCUUUGUCGUCUUCGUCUUCACCCUCGUCACCCUCGUUGUUGUCAUCACUACCAGCGCCUUCGUCUUCAUCAUACAGACCCUCCAAGUACUCCGUUCCGGCGUCAAAGUCACCCUCAAAUAGGUCUUGGAGCCCCGGAAAUCCACCACCAGCAAAAUGCCAACCGCCCUUGAAUCCGCGCGCAACUAGCGACAUGUCCUUGAGGUCCUGCGGGAUAGGGCCCAACUUUGCUUCGGCAAUGGCAAUUUCGGCGGCUGUUAGAGGAGGUAGCAGAAGAUCGGAAGCCUUCUCUGGACACUCGUCCUGCUGGCCCUCAUCUUCCUCAUCUUCGUUUACGCCGUCUUGGCUUUGCAAGACCUUGAAUCGCGCCUCUGAGAAGCGGCGCAAGAGCUCCGGCCAGGGCAUGCUGGCGAAAUCAAUCGGCUCUUGGCCGGCCAAUUGGAUUGUUUCGGACAUUUUCGAGAGAAUGAGUGAAUCAAUUGAUUGCGUAUGUUGGGUUAACCUAUGGCGGGAGGACAGGCGAACUCAACAAUUAUGAGAAUUCACGAGCUUCGUGGGUGCUCGGAGCCCCAGAUAGCUCCACGCGCAGCCUCACAAGCUCAAAACGGUCUGAGUCGACCCAUUUGUGCCUGUGUUAGCGUGAACUUUUGAGGAGGUUAAAUGACACUCUUGCUGAGGCUAGCGCCUUUGUUCGUUGGAGCAUGUCGCUCGCUUGGGAGUAUUGUUUCGCCAGAAGGCCCAGAAGCCACAAUUAGUCCACCUCGUUCAGAAAUCUAUGGAAACGUCUCGCAGAGGCUGCUAACGAGCUCAUUCGGUUCAGCAUUCGCUCUCGAUGACUUGGUUUUGCGGGACGAUUCUUGUGGCAAAACGAGAGAGCAACAGCUUACCCAAGAGUGUAUGCCUAGGCCCUCCAUCUUGUACCGUUGCAGCAGGGCUGGCAUGGCUGAUGUUUGAUCGGCGCGGUUCUAGCGCACUCAGCAGACCCUGUGGUCCAGUCGCAACCUGCAGCACUACAGUCAGCAACAGCCCUGAUGACCACGAGAUAGACUCCGAUCAGGCUCUGUUCCCGUAGUAGUCCCACAGCGGGAUAAUGCCGUGGACAGCGAGGGUGCCCUGCCCUGUGUCAGUGCAUGGUUGGCCUUCGGCAGAUGCGGCUGAGCGUUUUGCCCUCUGCAAAUAUCGCCGAGGGUACUGGAUUGGCCCGCUACGCAAUCUAUUCCAUUUUGCGGCCCCCGGAGGAAGAACCCAAUCACAUCGCGUCCUCCUAUUACACCAAGCUAGGGUCCCAGUGGGACAAAGGCGCCUAGUCGAGCUAGGGGCGGGUAUUGGGGCGCCCCGUUCGUUUAGGUCUGGGCGCCACUGGGCUUCCCAAGCCACGGAACAAGGCGAAGUUGUUGCUGGCGAGGCGAAUCGACAGUAUGUACAUUUACGUGCUGCUAAGCGCUGGAGAUAGUUUUUCCAAGUUGUCUGGGGCUGAGUUUUAGCACGUCGGCACGUCAGCAGGAAGGGGGCGAAAAAACGCAGCGAUCCCUGCCAUGUUGAAAAACGAGGCUGCCGGGCCCCCUGACUCUUGCAGCCUUCUUUUGGAAAGAUGGAAUAAAUUAGCUGAGCGGCCAAUCUCCUUGCGCGUUACCGGAUCGACCCUCUCUGCCUCCCGCUCUUCAUCUUUCUCGGUCAUCUUCCUUCCCUUGCACUUCCAUUCUCUCCCAUUCACUAGCUUACUGAGAGCCCAUACACCAUCUCAUCCUACGAUCUGACCACGAAGCAACAUUAUGCAUAUGCGUUCACUGGCUCUAUGGCCCGCUGCGGCCAUGUUGAGCGGCGCGCUUGCCGACAACCUUUUUAUCAACCCUCCGCCUAGCGGCAAGCACCGCGACUACAGCCAAAACCAGCAGUACAAAGUAGGACAAGUGCUGAAAAUCAGCUGGGAAACAGAUAUUACCACGGGAGUCGGAGUGGCCGUCAACUUCCCUUUGGAUCACGAGCAGAAUGGAGUCUUUACCAUCCUGAACCUUACCAAAAACACAACAAAGUCCAGCCUUGAAUGGGUCAUCUCCUUGGAUGAUGUCGGCGGUGCUCCAGAAGUCCUGGAAAAGGACGGUGUGGCCGUCAUGUAUCUUGCCAUGUGGAAUGAUGACAACCCUUACUUUGCCAGAUCGCACUAUUUCAACGUUACGGCUGCGGCUCCCACAAGCAGCAGGCCGGUGACAACGGCAUCCUCAACAAGCGCAGCCUCUUCGUCAAAGCCCUCUUCGUCGUCGACGGGGUCAGCCUCGGCAGGCGCCGCUUCUACGACAUCUUCGUCGCCCGGCUCCUCCACAUCCUCAGCAGCAGCUGGUGGUGCUAAUAACGGAGCCUCAACCGCCGAUCCUUCGUCCUCUGGCUCUUCGUCAAGCGGCCCUAGCGGUGCGGUGAUUGGAGGGGCCGUCGGCGGCACGCUGGGUGGCUUGGCGGUUGUUGGCGCCCUGGCGUUUUUGCUCUUCCGCCACCGCCGCAACAAGCAAGCACAAGCAAGUGGUGCUGCUGUCGAAGUCGCGGGGUCUCACGUAGAGAGCCAGGGUCCUGGAACUGGACCUGCUAGCCCUGAUGCCCAGUAUGGUCAGGCGGUGCAGACGCCGCAAGCUGUUGCUGCGAACGCUGCGAUUGCCGGGCAUUACUCUCCGGAGAAGGAUCAAGCGUACACGGCCAAGGAGGGAGAAAAGUACCAUUUUGGAAUUCCCCUAAAGACACCACCACCACAGUGGCAGGCGUCGCCCAAGGUUGAGCAGGUGGCUGAGCUGGACAGCGUGCAGCCUCAGGAGCUGUACUCGCCUCCUCCUCCUCACCACAACUAAUACACUACCGAUAUACGAAUGAGGAGGUGUAGUAGAAAGACAGAAAGGACGAAAGCGAUUGUGUACGAAUACCCC